AUGGCGGAAUCGUCGAUGUUUAAGCAAGCCCAGGCGGCACUUAACUACCUAAAACCCCAUCUCCCAGAGGCCUUGCGAACUCCUCGAGUAGCCGUAAUAUGUGGUUCUGGCCUAGGGGGUCUUGCGGAUACCAUUGAUAGCAAGGCUAAGGUUGAAUUUGAUUAUCGGGACAUUCCGAAUUUCCCUGCUUCCACCGUACCGGGCCAUUUAGGAAAGCUUGUAUUUGGAUACUUGGGCGCGGAAACGCCAGCUGUUUUGAUGGUGGGAAGAGCACAGGAGAUCGAAGCUGAUACCGCAGCCAGUUUCUAUGAGGGACACUCCAUCGACAAGGUCACGUUUCCGGUGCGGCUUUUCAAAUUACUGGGCGUGGAGAUCAUGAUAGGUACGGGAAAUGAGCAUUUGCUUGGAAAACAUAAGAUUCAGAGCCCAACUAAGCAACUAUGUACAGUGACAAACGCAAGCGGAGGAUUAAACUCCGAGUAUGCAGUCGGCGACGUCGUUCUGAUCAACGACCACAUCUUCCUCGCCGGUUUAGCCGGACUACAUCCAUUGCGCGGACCCAACGAGGAUGAGUUUGGUGUCCGGUUCCCAGCACUUUCGGACGCAUACGACCUCGAGCUCAGACGAACAGCGCACCGCGCAUGGACCAAAGUCAUCCGGGUAGAAAGCAAGCGAAGAAUUCAUGAAGGCGUGUACGCCUUCUGUGCAGGGCCAAGGGCGGAGUGUAGAUUCUUAAGACAACUUGGGGCAGACCUGGUCGGAAUGUCGACCGUGCCAGAAAUCAUUGUGGCACGACAUUGCGGACUUCGAGUGCUUGCUUUGAGCCUCGUUACCAACAAUGCAGUCUUGACUCCCGUGCCACGUGGCGAUGACCGUCUCCUCCAAGAGACGGAAAGGGCCCAACUCAAUAGAAUUGUUGAAGAGGGUAAAGCCAAUCAUGAAGAAGUUUUGAAGGCGGGUAGCCAAGCAGCAGCGGACGUACAGAAACUGGUCAGACAGGUAGUCCUAGAUAUGUUUCCACAAACCAUUAACUAG